UAACAAUAACGCAGCCUUGUGUACGUGUGGUCUAAUUAUACGCGCAGGUGCAGAUGUGUUUGCGAUAAAUCUAUGUAACAAUGUACGAUUUACAGAAUUUCUCUCAUGUGAAAAUGGAGGGAUUUUGAAAGUUGUGGUAAAGGAAAGAGGGCACCGUUAUCAAAUAUUUACACCUAUUGGUACAUGGGUAGAUGCAAAACUACAUGGCGUAGGAACAUACAGCGGUUUCAUGAAUGUAGAUAUAAUGAUGGCUCCAAAAGAUCUUGAACAAACAGAAAGGCUUUGUGGGUAGUUUGAUGGAAAGCAAGACAAUGACUUGAGAGGGAGAGAUGGGACAAUUUCAAAGAAACAACCCCACCUGCAUAUUUAUCGUCGUCACCAUGAUGCUUUUUCUAAAAGUUGGAAACUAGAAGACGAUGAAAAUCUUUUCAAAGUGUAUAAAAAGGAAUUUAAAAAAUGGGAGUUAUCAAACGCCUUAUAUUGUGUAUGUAAGCAAGCGCUAGAGGGAUCAGCUGGAACUACAGGUCGUGUUGCAAAGGCAAUAUGUUCCCCUACUCAGUAUCUAGACUGUCAUUUAACUCACGGAAGUACCACGUCAAGAAAAUGCAACAAGGUAUCGACGCAAUGAAGGGCACGCAGCAUUCAACAGAAGUCAACAAGAGAGAUGGAAAGACUAAUGAAAUUAGCGUAUGAAUCUGAUACGAAACCCUAUCGAAUUAAGAGAGAAGAACAGGUACAAUAUAUUACUGAAUCAGAAGCUGAAGAUAUCUGUGGAAACAUUAUAAAUGGAUCGAUGCUUGUAACAGACCUUUCAGAUGCUCUUGUCGGCGAAGAUCCAAAUGCUGUCAUCGAUCAGUGUAUGUUUGAUGUCAUGACAGGAAAUGACGAAUCCCUUGCUGGCGUACAUGCUGAUGCAAUUAAUACUGCAGCGAAGAUGAAAUUUUCACGUGACCCUGUGUUUGUCACUAAUCAUACUGAAACAGUCUAGACACUUUUAUUAAACACUCCUGUCCUGGAAACUGCAGUCAACGAGGACAGUGUUCCAAUG